GAAAGUCAAGGAGUGCGUCUCAGUGGCGACGUUUUCUUCUUCGUAUUUUCACUUUUUGGUCGCAUAUUAAUAAUCGGAGACGAGAAGUGUAGUUUUAGUGGGAGAAGGAAGAAGAUUGACAGAGAGAGAGAGAGGAAGGAGCGCGAAAAGACUAAAUUGACCUUGGAUCUUCGUCUUUCCUCUCUCUCCGAUUCGUUUUUCGUUGGUCUUCUAAAAGCUUCUUCCACCAUGAACAGCAAGGCCAACGUUUCCAAAGAGCUCAACGCCAAGCACAAGAAGAUACUGGAAGGACUUCUUAAAUUACCAGAGAAUAGGGAAUGUGCUGACUGCAAAGCUAAAGGUCCAAGAUGGGCUAGUGUAAAUCUUGGCAUCUUUAUAUGCAUGCAGUGUUCAGGAAUACAUCGAAGUUUGGGGGUACAUAUAUCAAAGGUUCGUUCUGCAACCCUGGACACUUGGCUUCCAGAGCAAGUUGCAUUCAUUCAAUCAAUGGGAAACGAGAAAGCAAAUUGUUUCUGGGAAGCAGAAUUACCUCCAAAUUAUGAUAGAGUUGGAAUUGAGAAUUUCAUUCGUGCAAAGUAUGAUGAAAAGAGAUGGGUUCCAAGAGAUGGGAAUUCAAAAACACCUUCUGGAUUUCGGGAAGAGAAAAGUCCUUCACAUUGGCAGAGGCCUGUGGAGAGAAGUGGUUAUGCCGCUGUUUCUGAAAAUAAAUUUGAGGAAAGGAAGAAAAUCCAACCAUCAACUGCAAUUCCUGCCGCAAGAAUUAAUGUUCCUGCUCCUCCCAGAGCACCUGAGCAGGUAACUCCUAUUACCAAACCUCAGCAUGUGGAGAAAGUGGAAUCAGUAGCACCACAACCACAAGCUCCCCAACCACUAGCUGAAACAUCAAAGCAGGCUACAGACACAGUUAAAAAUAACCCUCCUAAAGUUGACUAUGCCACAGACCUUUUCAACAUGUUGUCUAUGGAUGGCCCCAAUGAAAAUGGCUCUGAGGCAGCUGCUGCUGCAGAGGUGUCAACAGCUGAGAAGACUAGUCCCCUGAAAGCAGCUGAUAGUACUCCAGCUUCUGCAUCUGGAAUUGAGGAUCUUUUCAAAGAUUUACAUCCUGUGACACCAAGUUUGACUCCAGAAAAACCACAGAAAGAUGUGAAAAAUGAUAUCAUGAGCCUCUUUGAGAAGGGCAAUAUGGUGUCUCCAUUUUCUAUGCAUCAACAGCAGCUUGCCAUGCUAGCACAGCAACAGUCUCUUCUAAUGGCUUCUGCAGCUAAAUCUUCUGGUGGGGAUCCUAGGUAUCCUGCUAGCAUACAACAACCUAGACCCAAUGUUCCUAUCCAAAGUUGGCCAGCUACUGGCUAUUCGAUUCCUGGAGUAAUGCCCAUGGGUGGUCAGGGAGAGUUGCAAAAACUUGUGCAGGGUCAGACUAGGAACAUGACCCCAGCACAUUUUGCAGGGAGUUCUGUUCAAUAUCCACCAUCCAGUUUCUAUGGUAUGGGACAAGUUCCUCCUCCAGUUAACGGUAUGACAAUGGGAGUGAGUAAACCUCAGUCAGGAGCUCCUGCAGUGUCAUCUACCACUUCACAGUCUGCGAAGGAUUAUGAUUUUUCCUCCUUAACACAGGGAAUGUUUAUGAAACAGUGAUUGAUCUUUUUUGUUGGGCAAUGCCAGCUAUGUCAUAUACUACCAUAGAAGAUUAGUUAAAAUUACAGCAGGUGCGCUUUCUUUUCUCAUUUUUCCCUUGACCUGUCCUUGUGGUGUAAUCCAUUUGUAGAGCUAGUUCAGGUUUUUUCUCGUUCAUUUCAGGUGAUUGCUUCAUUUGUAUCCGUAGUUGUAUUCACUAUUUAUUUAUGCACAAUAAAAUUAGUGAUAUUUAUUAUAUAUUGAUAUUCCUUCCUUUGCUUCUA